AUGCUUAAACGUCAAGAGAAUAAACAGGCUGCAAAUCAUAACACUGUCACUGAAGUAAACAUUUCAUCAACAGAAUCAAUGGAGCAUGAAAAUAAUGAAAUAAAUCACAUUGAUGUAGAUAUGAUGAUGACCACUAUUUCUAAUAGUUCAGUAGAAACUAGGAUAACGCAACACCCAAUAAAAAAGGAUGCUGAAUGUUACGCCAAGCCAGAGACCGAGGAUGUUUCACUUGAAACUGAUAAAGUGACUGUGAUUAAUUUAAUCAAAAGUGAUAGUGAAUUGAGUACUAUGACAGGCUUACAAUCUUUCACUCUUUUAAAUACUAUAGUUGAAGUUUUAGAAAAAUCUUAUCCUAAGACAUUUGAAAAAAGUAAUUUGAAAGCAAAAGGUAAUGUUAUAAUGACUUACAUGAGAAUAAAACAAAAUAUGUCAUACAGUGCUCUAGCAAUUCUUUUUCAAAUAUCUCCAAAACACUGCCAGAGAAUUUUUGUCAAAACUUUAGGGAUGCUUAAAAUUACUUUAAAAGCGAUGAUUGAUUGGCAAUCCAGGGUGACGAUUUCUAGAAACUUACCAAACUAUUUUAAAGGCUAUGAAGAUGUAAGAGUUGUUUUAGAUUGCACAGAGAUACAUAUACAGCAUACUAAAUGCCUCGAAUGUCAAAUGUCAACCUUCUCACAGUACAAAGGUGGAUUAACUGUGAAAUUUAUGACUGGUGUUUCUCCUUUAGGUAGUAUAACAUAUGUUAGUAAAAUGUAUGGUGGAAAGUCCAGCGAUACUGCUAUUUUUAACCAAAGCAGCUUAAUUCAGUUAUUAGAACGUGGUGAUGCUAUCAUGGUUGAUAAAGGUUUUUUGAUUGAAGCAACAUGUCAAAAAAAUGGCUGGAAAUUAUACAGGCCUGCAUAUUUAAGAGAUAAGCAGUUCAGCAAAUUCGAUGCUGAUAAUUGCUGUGAUAUUGCUAAAGCUAGAGUUCACAUUGAAAGAUCGAAUCAGAGAUUGAAAGUUUUUCAACUACUUUCAUCGACAGUCUCAUGUGAACUUCAUCCACUUUUAGAAGAUAUAUUUAUUGUCAUUUGUGCAACAGUAAAUUUAAGUUCACCUAUAAUUGCUGUAAAAAAUUUUAUGCAUAAUACUGUAAACACUCCAAAUGAAAGUAUUGAAAUAAAUCCUGGGUAA